AUUGAUGAGGUUAUGAAUAAGAGGUGAGUAGUUCGUUACUGAAACUGGACUUGUCGGACUUUCAAGUCACUAUAUCGUGUGAUAAGUUGUAAAAUAAUCUUCGUAACUGAGAAUAUAAAGGUUCACACCAGUGGAGUUUUAAUUCACUCAUUUCACACGGUUUAUGUUCUUUAGUAUUUAUUCUCUCUCAAAGAUCUUUGGAUAUGUGGCGUGAGAACGCUCUUGGUCUCAUAUUAUUUAUUUUUCAAUGUACAGUGUUACGUUUAGUCUUAUAUUCACUUCUAUAAUAAUAAGUAUGAUUUGAUUAAUAUCCUGAUUGCACUGGUGGGAGUACUAUUCUGCAACGGUAGUUUUAUCCAGGGCCUUAAAAUGUAAAGCUGUUGACACGCCUUGGAUUAAGAACUCCCGGCUCACAUCUACUAAAUAGUAUCUGGUGUCUGUGAACUGUAUGUAUCACUCUGCAGGUUUUAAAAUAGCUGUUUGAUGCUAUUCCAACAAAACUGUUAUCGGAAUUGAGUAUUGUGUCUAAGCUAUGUUGAGUACCUCACUAAUCGUUACUAACCUUUCUGAAUGUUAUAUCCCGAAUAAAAUAUUGAAUGCUAACUUUUGGAGUCCAUUUAUGAACCAAUACUAUACUUACAUUUUAUCGUAUAAUUGUUAAGUGACUAAACUAUUCAUAUUCAUGUUCGUCUUAUUAUGAGCUUCAUUUUGACCUGUGAAAUAUUAUUAUACGACUUACCAUUCUUGAGUUAUGACCUGUCUAUCAAUUACUGUCUCCCUUAUUCACAGCCACAUUUGGCUAGAGUUUGUACAAAUGUUGUUUUCUAUUUUAUGGAACGAUGUGAUCUGUUUGGUUGGUAUGUAAACCCAGUAUGUUUGAAGCACAUGAUAUAAAUGAAAUACUUUGAUAACAGUUGUUAUUCCAAUCCUUUACAUUCACUUAUGUCAGUUGUUCCAUACUAUUUCUUAUCUCAAUGUAAAAUUCUAACACAUAUUUGGUUGUAAGCAGCUGACGAGAAACCACAAAAUAUAGUGAAUUCAUAUUAUUCUGCAUCAAUAUUUGUCCUGGCUUUAUUUAAAUUGAAAUACGUGAUUCAUAUCUCAGAGGCUGAAAUUGGUGUUCUGGGCUUAACUGGCUGGGCUAGGUAGGAAGCAGGACCGAUAAGUACUCUAGAUUGCUCUCACGGGUUUUAUGCGUCCUUGGUCUGAUUGAUAAUAUACUGUUCUCUAAUUGGUGGUAUCAUUAUGUUAUACAUUAACAGGGCACGCAGGCCACAAGUUGUACACUAGAUUAGUGUUCGCCUUCGUUUUUUCCAGGUUUCAUUAGAUAAUCACCUUUUGUUUAAACAAGGGUCAAGUGCCUACUAAAGACCCGACAGUUUUCGGUAGCCUAGUGGCAUCCCUACUCCUGUUGCGUACUGUGAUCAUUCAGAUAAUUCAAGUAAAAAAGCCAGUUCAUUCUAAGGUACUUUACAUUUUUGCAUGGGAAAAAAUUUCGAUGUAUGCUAAAACCGACCGUAUCACGCAACAGAGGAAAGUUCAUUAUAGAACUAUAGCGUGAUUUUCAGGAACAAAUUUUUUUCCUGAGUCUACAUUCAGGUUAAUUUUGAUGUCUUUGUUGUCCAACGGUUAUAAACACUGAUACCUGGGCUGUUGACAAAACCGUUCUUAAGCGAAUGUAGAUCACAAUGACAGGGUGCUCAGUAUCUUUGGUGGAGAACCAAUUCUCUCAAACCACUUUCAAAAUCUUAUGGCGUAACUAUUCCCAGUGGUGUGCUUAGAAUACCAUUUGUAGCAUCUCCAGUUGUUUAAAAAUCUUAAUUGAGUCAAUGCAGGUUAAAAUUCCGACGAUAGUUUUUCAAUAUGAUUUUCUAAUUAGCGGCUGCAAACGCAUUCUGUGGGAAACUUUUCCAUGUUUAGUGUAAGGUGCAUCAUCAUAUGUAAGUGACUGCUAGACGUAAGUGCCAGAAUCAUAAAAUUGAUUAAGAUUUCAUAAUUAAUUUAUUGCAACUAAGUAACUCCUUCACAACGGUUCGGAAGAAACAUCGACAUUUAAGAUAAUGAAAUGAACAUAUUCAUUUAAAUAAACCCUUUAGAGGUUGGUUUUUUAUGGAUUUUAUCUUAGCAGAUAAUAUGCUCCUAGUUAACCUUACUCUGAUACUUAUUCUGGAAAAUCAUCCAAAAGUAAGUAAAGGCACUAUAUAAGUCUUUGUAAAACAACAGUAUCAUUAACUUUCCCUUUAGAGUGGCCUCAACCCAAUUACCUGGUGAAUGGGUUAACUUAUUGUAUUUACUCCCUUCUAUAUUCAAAUGCCUAUUUGACAAAAAAUUUUCCAGCUAGCGAAAGUGUAAGUUAAUUCGGCGCAUUGAUGUCUUAGGUCUAAAAGUGAAAAUUCUACUAACAGUUUUCACUUUCAUGACCACCUUGGAUCCGUAUAAUCUCAAUCACCCUGAAAUAAGUUCAAUAUUAGAGAAAAAUAAAGUUAGAGAAGUUUUUAUAAAAAUGCCGAGGCUGUUAAAUUGCAGUAGUUAAUAUACAGAAUCAUUCUCUUGAUGUUAAGUUACGAAUGAGUGAAAAUCAGUUUCAAAGCAUUAUUUUUCAUCCGACAGCUGAAAACAGUCAUAUCCGGCAGUUUCUUGAUAUUUAAAAUUCUCAUAAUUUGUGGUGAUUCAGAAACUCCGAACAGGCAGUGUUUAAAUCAAGACUGAAUUCAUAUGUUUUGUAAACGUAAAUAUAACUAAAGAAUAUGGUCAUUGCGGAGAAACAUCUCUAUUGAUAGUCAUAUUGAAUGAGUUACAAGCUUUUAUUUGGCUGCAUGAGUCUACUCAGGGAGCAUUAAGCAAUUUCAUAUAACUUGACUACGAUGUCUCACAUAUCGUUCUUGAUCAUUGUCCUGAUCCACGUAGUUUGAUUACAAACUCCACGGUAUGGUAUAAAGUCGAUUACCUCAUUUGAUCUUGAACGUCGUGUUGUUGUGUACACGUUUGUUUCAUGCUCGUCUUUGUGUAUGAACCGGUGUGUUGCUUUUCUAUUUCGUUUUUCUGGCAUCAAUGCUCGUGGCAAAUUAGUUUUAAAGAACACUUUAAUGUUAUAUUUUGUCCGUAUACGUUGAAACCCAGGACAGCUUUCUCGGGAUGUGUUGUGGCCGACUGUUUAUUGCCAGUGGAUAAUGAUUUCCAGAAUUAUAUGAUAUUUGUAUUAUUAACUGGCUUUCCCUACGAACUAAUAAUCGUUGACGACAACAGUCCAGAUGGGACAGGCGAAGUUGCUAAAAAGUUACAAUCUAUUUUUGGAGGAAAUAAAAUAAUUCUUAAACCAAGAAGUGGAAAAUUAGGACUAGGUUCAGCUUACUUGCAUGGUUUGAAGUUUGCAAAAGGUGAUUUUGUUAUCAUUAUGGACGCGGAUUUAUCACACCACCCAAAAUUUAUUCCUGAGUUCAUUAAAUUACAAAAGCAACAUGAUUACGAUAUUGUUACUGGGACACGAUAUGCAUCUAACGGAGGUGUAAGUGGCUGGGAUUUGAAGCGUAAACUUAUCAGCCGUACGGCAAACUACAUAGCUCAAGUAUUACUACGACCGAAAGCAUCCGAUUUAACUGGAAGUUUUAGACUAUACAAAAAAGCAGUUUUACAAGAUUUAGUUUCGCGUUGUACUUCACGUGGUUAUGUUUUUCAAAUGGAAAUGAUAGUAUUAGCCUCUUCACUUGGUUACAAAAUUGGUGAGUUCGAUUUCGUACUGGAAAAUCUGUCAAUAAUGACAGUGUUUAGCAAUUAGUCGACACUGAAUAUCAGCGACUGCAUCUCCCUGUAAUCAAGUGGUUAGGAGAUCACACAUUUCUGGCAUAAAACCAAGCUCUGCAGAAUGUCGUUCAAGACGCAACCAUAACAGUGGCACCAUUUCUGAUUCCUGUACUGAAAAACGUUGGUCUAGAUUAGGUUCUAACCUCUAUAAUAUUGCGAAUAUGUUUUCACAACAAAAUUCAACAUCCACUCCGAUAAUCUGUGUUGGUUUAUUUAUGAAUAUUUCAUGACAUUUACUUAUGUAAGUUCAGGUU